CCCACGGCGCCCUCAGCCCGCCCGAGGGACAGAGACUGGAGCCCCGUCCUGCGGCGUUCAGACACUCUCUGGCAACCUGGUCGGCGGCACCAUGAAGCAGGGGGGACGCGCGGCGCUGCUGGUGGCGCUGCUGCUCCUGGCACAGCUGCGCCCGGGGAGCAGCCGGUGGAGCCCGGAGGCGGCGGCGGCCGGGGUCCGGGACCCGAGUCUGCGCUGGAGCCCCGGGCCGCGGAACCAGGACAGCGGGGCCCGCGCGCUGCUCUUGCUGCUGGCCGAGCGCUUCCCGCGCCGCGGGGGGCCCGACCGGUGGGAAUCCCGGACCGCGGGCGAGCGGCCGAGACGGGACGACCCUCCGCUGUCCAUUGAUCUCACCUUCCACCUGCUGCGGACCCUGCUGGAGCUGGCGCGGACACAGAGCCAGCGGGAGCGCGCCGAGCAGAACCGCAUCAUAUUCGAGUCUGUGGGCAAGUGAUCGGCGGGGUCUGCAGCCACGAGAACCUCGACCCCCGUCCCCCACCCCCGGGCCGGGA